UCACUCUUGUUCCAAUCUCAUUCUGGUUUUUGGAGGACUUCGGCCUGAGGGGUACAAAAGAUUGCUAUGAGAUGCAGUACUUUGGGAUGGAGUGACCGAGAAGCAAAGCUAAUCUGUGCUGGGUAACAUCUGCAGUUUCAUCCUUCCAUCCUAAUCGAAACAGACAUGGAUCUAGCAAACGAAGGGUGCAUGUACUUGGGCAUCUCUGCCUCCCAAAUCUGAAGCUCAGGGUUUCUGCUGAGGGAUCCUUUGGUCCUUCCUGGAUCAAUUCUAGGGAUAGGUUGCUGUCGACCUUGCCCUACGAAGUCACAGGUUCUAGUGAUGCUGGCAACCUUUGCUGAUCUUGACCAAUUCGGACUGUAGUGAUGUUGAUGAGUGAAUGACUCGUUUCCUCUCUUCUUCUUCUUUUCCAACCACAUAUGGGCUUCGCAACCACGUCUGAGACUUCUUAAAGCACACAGCGUUUGUAGUUAAUGAGAUAGAGAAGCAAAUGCUUAAUGAGAAUGGAAAUUAGAUGGCUCGGAGAUUCAAACUCAAAACCUUACGCUCUGAUACCCACGCACGCUGCAGUGACACCGACAUCCCUGUGCUCGAGCAUUGAUUGGAUUGCGGGUCCCGGUACUAUCGACUUCCAAUUGAUGGAUGCCACGUCAUCCCAUCAUGUAGCAUGGCCACGCCCAGAGGGAUCACGGACACAGCUCGUCCAUCUCGAAUUGACACCUGCAUGCGAGCUCCGACGAGCCUGUUGGCACACUUGAAUACCGAUAUAAUUCGCUUCCGUAGAAGAAGCUCCAAAACUUCAUCCCCUCACCCUCUCCCGAUGCCCAUUCCUCUCACGUGCAGAGGCCAGAGAAGUCAUGGAAAGAGUUAGAACAUGGCGCUCACAGAAGUAGCAAAGCGUAUAAGGUGGCAGAUGGAGGGGAGCCGUAUCUGCGAAAGGUUGACCAUUUACAGUAGCAGACACUUGCAGGUGGUACCGCGAAUGGGAUUAUCAGUUUCGGGGUUAGAAUUUGAUGGGCACUUCUGCAGCCCCAUUACUCUCAUGUCAGAUGAAAUAAUAAUCGCAACAAUUUCAACCUAAAGGUAACACCAAUGUCACAGCGGAGGCCGAGGAGAGUGACAGAGACCCGACUCUAUAUCAUGAUUACACUGCCCUCAGGUGAGUAAGUACUGUGUACUUGCCUUCUCUUAGCAUAUGUGUCCCACUUCGGAAGUCAUUAGGAGAGCUGGUUGAUGAAGGCCUCUUCUUGUUCCUGCUGUUGUCGUAGUCGCAGUGUUAAGAGAGCUGGUUCUGGAAGGCUUGGAGUUUUUGUGGUCUUUGUGUACGAAGAAUGGAAAGAUAUGUUAGAAGCACUAGAGACGACGACAACAGCAACAACCACAACAGCAAGGGGAAGGAGACAUGGAUGAGCUGCAGCCAUUACGGCAGAGGAGGGGCCCCCCUUUCCGGUGGCUCUCUGGGAGGCUUCUCAUGGCCCCAAAGGUCAUAUUCCUGCAGCUUCUGCAGGAGAGAGUUCAGGUCAGCUCAGGCUCUUGGGGGUCAUAUGAAUGUCCACAGAAGGGAUAAAGCUAGGCUCAGGGAGUCCCCACCGUCGGGUCCCUCACUUCUCAACACAAACCCUAACCCUAAUCUUGGCAGUACCCCUAUCCCCAAUCUUAACAUGCCUCCACCUUCAAGUGCUACCGGAAAUCGUAGGCACACUCCGAUGACCUGCGAGCUUCCCUCUGAGCUUUCUCCUCUGAUCCAUCUAUCUCCCUCAUCAGCUUCUACAUCAACAGGGGAAGGUUUGAAGAUCAUGGAAACAGGGAAGGCGUUGUCUGGAAUUGAAGAGUUCAAGGAUCUCGAUGAAGAAGGCAGCAAAGUAGUGAGCCUGGACUUGGAGAUAGGAGUAUCUGGAGACUAUGGCUAUGUGGAUGAUCUUGAUCUAGAGCUUCGACUCGGGUAUACUUACUAAUGCAUGUCUAGGUCUUGAUCUCAGUUUAUCUUAUUUACUUUGCUUUGUGUCUAUUGUACUUAGAGGAACUGUGUUGACUCAGUAUCUACUUGUGGCGUUUCUAUUUAAGUGAAGAACCUUUUAGUACAUUGGAAGGAAGAUGGAAUGAUCAUAUACGAGUGGAAGCUAGAUUCCAAUGAUA